AUGAUUGCUGGAAUCAAACAAAGAUCUAAAGCUGCCAAUCUUAUUCAUAUAACACAUUAUAUUAGAUUAGUAAAUAGAAUAUAAUUGAAUCCUGAUAAAACUUUAUAAAUCAUUUUAAGAGAUAUAUGA